AUGGUGAAAGCAGGUGUGCCUGUAUCACCACCACCAGCUCUAACUCCGCUGGAUGCGAUGGAGGGGGCAGCUGCGGCCUCAGCUUCAGGUCUGUGCCGCUUGGAGCGAGGGUCCCUGGGCUGGAGGGUCCUCACGGUGUGGCUGGUUCCCAGGGGAGAUGUGGAGGACUCCAAGCCGACAGAGCUGACGGGACCACUCAUCACAGACAUGACUCCCGGAAGCCUCCGCCUCUGCAUCCCUGCCUCCGCUCAGAGCACCACCCAGCGGCCGGAGGCAGAAGGCGGGAAGUGGAGUGGCGAGGGGAGGAAGGCGCAGCCUCGCAGACGGACGUGGACCGCUGAGGGCCACUCUCAGGGCCACUCGGACCAGCCCCCCGCAGGGCUGUAG